AUGGCGCGCAAAGGAGCCACAACCGGCCAAAGGAGGAUUUACAUGCCAAACAUGAGAGAUGAGGGAAAUCCAACCACAAUUCAAUCCAGGAGGGAUAGAAAAACAGUUCGGUCGAAGCAGAACUCAAUUGGCCCGAGUAAAAAGGAGAUAUCAACAUCACAACCACUCUCUCGGCCAGAAUCGACGAACCAAGCGACAAUGCUCGACCAUCUCCCAAACGGCACGACCGAAGUCCACCAAACUUCACAGGCGACCUCAAAACAUCAUUUUGGUCGGCAAAUCCAAAAGAUAGGACGAGAAAAGUGCCUGCUACGUGAGAUAGACGAAGGAAGCUCAAUACGGCCGACGGCGAUGCAUAGAAUGGCCGACGAACUCAAAACCUCAAGAAGGCGCGAACACCGGUGGAAACUGAUCCUCUGGAGUCCAAAAAACACCAAGGAAGAAGAAAGGAAGGAGACGAUCGAACAGAUAGAGAUGGCCAAAGGAAUCACAUCCCGAAGCCAUUGGCGCGCACGACGAAAGAUCUCCGAAUCCACACGUUCAAAUCGCCUCAAACUUCACAAGGAGCCACAAAACAUAAGGUUGGUCGAUGAAACUUCAUUUCAGUACAAUGAAUUCCUUACAAUUCAAGAGAUGGCCGAUGGAGUGAAAUUUGGCCGAUCGCGAGCAAGUAAAAUGGCCGCGGCACCACCGGCUCAAAUCACCUCAUCAAGCAUCCACAUCGCAUCUAAAGAAGAAAAUCCAGAUUGGAACGAGCAGAAUUGGAGAAGCCGAAGGAAGACGUUCCCGGAGCCAAUUUGA